ACUCCUUUCCCCUCUCGCCCUCAUCCCACGCUCUGGAACAAGCCAUUGAAACAGAGUAAAGUUACGGUACGCCAUGGCCACUGAACCAGAAAGGGAAGCAGAGGCUCCUAUCCAUGGAGAUAUCUUAGAGUCCAUUCUCUCUCACGUGCCUCUCAUCGAUCUCGCUCCCGUACUCCACGUGUCAAAAUCCUGGAACCGCGCCGCAUCCUCCUCCCUUGCUCAUCUGAACCCCAUCAAGCCCUGGCUCAUGGUCUACACGCAUACUAGCAGAACCCCGCAUGUGAUCACCACGCACGCUUACGACCCUCGCUCCCGAGCGUGGGUUGAGAUUCGCGAGCCCUCCUCCGCUAGACCCACCGUCGCCUCGCUCCGGUCGUCACCCUCAUCACUACUCUACAUGCUCUCUUCUACCGCCUUCGCCUUCUCCUUCGACCCAAUCCACCUCACCUGGCACCAUGCCGACGCCCCGCGCGUGUGUCGAACGGAUCCGAUCGUCGCCCUCGUGGGUCACCACAUAGUCGUCGCCGGUGGCACGUGCGAGUUCGAGGACGACCCGCUCGCGGUGGAGAUGUACGAUUUGCGGACGCGAACCUGGGAGACUUGUCAGUCUAUGCCUGCGAUCCUGAAGGGCUCCACAACCUCCACGUGGCUGUCCGUCGCCGUCCAGGGCCACAGGAUGCAUGUGACGGAGAAAAUCUCCGGCGUGACCCACUCCUUCGAUCCCCAUACGAACACGUGGCAAGGACCCUACGACCUGCGGCCCGACCAGAGCGUGUAUUCCAGCAUCACCGGAACACUGCGCGACCGUCUGAUUCUCGCGGGACUAAUCGGAGAAGAGGCGGACGUGAAGGGAGUGAAAUUGUGGGAAGCGAGAGGCGAAUUGGGAUCGGAAUCGAAGCUGGGGUGCGAGGAAAUGUGUGAGAUGCCGAAGGAGAUGGUGAAGAAGCUGAAGGGAGAAGCAGGGUGGGUUUCGUCAAUAUCGAUGUGGACAAUGGGGGAUUCAGUGUACAUGUACAACCCGUCGGAGCCGGAGUGGGUGAUAUCCUGCGAGAUGGUGGCCGGAAUCUGGAAAUGGGAGAGCGUGGAGAACGAGGCGGUGAGAGAAGGAGGACGAUUACAGAGGAUGGUGGUUGGGGUGGGUGAAGUGAGAAUGGAGGAUUUGCAGAAAGGGAUGAGAGAGAAUCGGAACUUCGCUUUGAAGCAAAGAAAAAGUUGAAUUGGUGAAGAACAAGUAAGAAAUUAUAAGGACAUGAACAUGAGUGAGUAGUGAUAUUGACGUCGGUGGAAAGAUGGAAAGUGGAUUGUCCAUAGAAGUAGAACUUGCAGCUGAGUGUUGUACUUGACUUCUUUUACCUAGGUUUUGUUUUGUUUGGCGCAUGUUACAAAGCUGUUUUAGUGAGAUUGACAUGAGAUUUAGGGCAAAUGUUAACUUGAUUUGCUUAAGAAAGCAAAUCGAACUAAA